GAACUGCAGCAUUGUACUUUGUCUAUUCCGCCAUGGAGGAGGAGAUAGAGAAGAAUAAAGAUCACCCUUAUAUCGCCCCCAUCUAUUUUCCAACUGAGCUGCACCGUCAAGAGGCCCUGGCCCGAGACCUGGAAUAUUUUUAUGGAGAGGACUGGGAAAGCCAAAUCAGUCUCUCUGCAGGCACCAAGCCGUAUGUGGACCGAAUCCACGAGGUGGGAGAGAAGGACCCUGUGCUGUUAGUAGCCCACUCCUAUACCCGCUACAUGGGGGAUCUCUCAGGUGGACAGAUUCUCAAAAAAGUGGCCCAAAGGGCUCUGAAGCUGCCAACAACAGGGGAGGGUCUAAACUUCUACCAGUUUGAAGGAAUUACCAGCCACAGGGGCUUUAAGCAGUUGUACCGAAGCAGGAUGAAUGAGCUGGAGAUGGACAUGGAGACCAAACAAAGGAUUGUGGACGAGUCCAAUCGGGCCUUUGCAUUCAACAUGAUGGUCUUCUCAGAGCUGGAAGAAGUCGGCAAAUCUGUCAAAGAGGAAGGACAGGAGGGGCACUUUGGACAUGGUCAUGGAGAGUUCUUUCAAGAAGAUGAUAUCAACAAAUGCCCAUACUAUGCUACUAAAAUGGCUAUCAGUGGGAAUCCCUCCUAUGCGCUCCAGUUAGCCAAGAUGUUUGUGGGUCAUCUGCCCUGUCAGGUCGCUCUAGCUGCCUGGGUUGCGCUCUUUGCUGGCUUUACAGCCUGGUACCUUCUGUGAGCUUGUAAAAUGAUUGUCACUCCACACAUUUACCCUUCUUAGUUUGACUUGAUAACCUUGCAUAUAAUGCACUCUUAUUGACCUGUAGCAUUUAAUUGUACCGUUUUAUGGGUGUGUUGGACCUAUUUUUUGCUGAGUGAAUGAGUUUUUCCUUUCAGGAAAAUAAAGCUUUCUAAUUUUGCACUUUGCAUUUGUGUCACCUCCAUGAUGCUUAGGAUGCUGCAUUCUGUCGACAUUCGGUGAAGAAAAACCUUUUCAUGGAGAGAAAAUUGAAAAGCUUAAACUUGUGCCAUGUAAUUCGCUAUUUAAUCUAAAUUGGCUCAUGGAUAGUGUUUAUUGAAUUGAAAAAUGUGUUUGC